AUUACAAUUAUUAUUAAUUUCUUAUGAUUACGAAUAUGUGUUUAUUUUAAUAAUUAAUUUCAUUUUUUUAUGGUGUAGGGCAUUAUUAAUGCAAAGGGCAACCAAUGAGUUCGACAAAAUGGAUGCUUUGAGGGCAUUGUCUGAGGAAGCUUAUGCUGAACUGAAUGAACUGCUUGAUUCAAAGAUUGGAGUUUUGAGUACUACAAAAAGGAAAAGCACCUUCAAACUUAUGAGACGACACUAAAAUGCCUCAAAGGGAAUGAAGUGUUGAGGAGGAGGCCAAAAGAAGGAUGUUUGCCACUCGAGAUGAGAUCAACGUCAAGGCGCCCUAAAAGGAAUAGAAGAAAAGAAAGGAUGAGUCUAAGAAAAUUAAGGAGGGGAAAUUGACCAAGUUGUCAAAGUAUGGAUCUGUGUACAGUUGUAGAGUGUGGUGAACAAGAGCACAACAAAGUUGGAUGUCCAUACAAAGACAAAGAAGAAGCAAACCCUAGUCAAACCAAGGUCAAGAAAACAGGUAAAAAGAGUUCAAAUGCUACACAAAAAUCAAAAGCAACAAAAAAAGAAUACCAAGGUUGGUAAAAAAGGUGAUACUGCCUGUUUGGGAAGGGUAGAAGGAAGAACAACAAGAAAAGAAAAAUGAAACCUUAAUGAUAGUUUAAUGUAAGCUAUUGGUAUUGUCAUCAAUGAAGGCAGAGACGAAUCCAGAAAAUAAUCCAAGUAGGUGCAGAACAAAUACGGUGAUACUGCCUGUCUGGGAAGGGUAGAAGGAAGAACAACAAGAAAAGAAAAAUGAGAGCUUAAUAAUAGUGUAAGAAAAAAUAACAAUAUUU